AUGCAAAACAUAUCUAUCCACAAUAUACCUACAAAGGCACAUAACAUAUCUAAAGUGUCACAUGCAAACAUGCAAAACAUAUCUAUCCACAAUAUACCUACAAAGGCACAUAACAUAUCUAAAGUGUCACAUGCAAACAUGCAAAACAGAUCUAACAACAAUAUACCUACAAAGGCACAUAACAUAUCUAAAGUGUCACAUGCAAACAUGCAAAACAUAUCUAUCCACAAUAUACCUACAAAGGCACAUAACAUAUCUAAAGUGUCACAUGCAAACAUGCAAAACAUAUCUAUCCACAAUAUACCUACAAAGGCACAUAACAUAUCUAAAGUGUCACAGGCAAACAUGCGAAACACAUCUAUCCACAAUAUACCUACAAAGGCACAUAACAUAUCUAAAGUGUCACAUGCAAACAUGCAAAACAGAUCUAUCCACAAUAUACCUACAAAGGCACAUAACAUAUCUAAAGUGUCACAGGCAAACAUGCAAAACAUAUCUAUCCACAAUAUACCUACAAAGGCACAUAACAUAUCUAAAGUGUCACAUGCAAACAUGCAAAACACAUCUAUCCACAAUAUACCUACAAAGACACAUAACAUAUCUAAAGUUCCAUAUGCAAAUACACAUUAA